UAAGAUGCAGAGUGAGGCUCUGCCUGCUGACUGGGACCAGAAGCCAGUUAUACAGCUGGUAGGAGAGAACCUGGAGAGACUGGCCUUCAACCCUGACAAGACAGCCUUCAUAAUGUUCUACCUGCCCUACAGUGAAGAGAGUCGUUCUCUGUUCCCACUGUGGGAGGAGUUAGCCCUUCACUUCCUGGACAGAGAGGAAGUUGUCAUCGCUCGCAUCGACGCCUCGGCCAAUGACUUCAACCUGUCGAUGAGAGAACGCUACCCCGCCCUCCGCCUGUUCCCCGCGCUGCACGCAGAGAGGGUGGUAGCCUACUCUGGUCAGAGGAACCUGAAGGAUCUGGUUCAGUUUCUGGAGAAAGAGAUGGAAAGAGCAAAGAUGGACAGGGCCCAAGUAUGUCACCUUUAA